GCGCCUUCUGGGAAUUGUAGUCCAGGAGCUGUGGUCCCGGCUCGAACGCUUGAGCUCCUCACUGCAGCGCCUCCCCGUCGCCUCCCGGAAGCGUGCGCCCGCUGGCGGGUGAGACCCAGUUCCAAGGCUCCAGCCAUCCUGUGUCUCACUGAAGGUCUGCUACCCAAUGGCCAUGCCCGAGAGCUGCCUGAGCCCAGUGCCCUGGGAACAGGAUGGCUUUCUCCGGGUGAAGAUGGAAGAGGAGGAGGCCAGCCUCUUCCAGGUCCAGGAAUCUAGCUUUGGCCACACCAUCCACCCCGAGGCUGCACAUCUGCGCUUCUGGCACUUCUGCUUUAAGGAGGCGUCCAGCCCUCGAGAGGUGCUGGCCCAGCUCCGGGAGCUCUGCCGCCAGUGGCUGCAGCCUGAGGCACACUCCAAGAAGGAGCUGCUGGAGCUGCUGGUGCUGGAGCAGUUCCUGAGUGUGCUGCCCCCCGAGGUCCAGUCUUGGGUGGGCGCUCAGUGCCCCAAGAGUGGCGAGAAGGCCGCUGUGCUGGUGGAGGAUCUGACUCGGGCACUGGACAAGAGAGGCUGGGCGCUGUGAUCUGAGCUCACAGACACCAGCUGUAAGCAGAGCGGUUCGGAGGAGUCCGGGCCCUGGGAUAGGGCCACUGAAACCCUGGGAGGAGGUACUCCCCCAGGACCCGCCUUUGGUGAUGACGGUGAACCCAAGGGCGGCCCAGAGAGGCAGGCCAGACUCUCAGGGGAAAUGUGGGCCCAGUCUGCCGCCCACCAGAUGGAUUUCAGGAAAACUUCAAGGCCUCACAAGGACGCUCCCCCAGCCCAGCCCAGCUGUGAAGCUGGUGCCUUGGGGGACAGCCCCCACGUUCGGCCAGACCCCACCUCCUGAGAGAAGACUCCUUCCGAGGAGAGAUGGGAUCCACCGGAUGGCUGUGGGACAGAGCCUCCAGGCAUGUGCUCUGGAAGGAAGCCCCCCAUGUGUGGAGAGUGGGGGAAGACCCUCCGGAGCCCCUCGGUGGCCCACCAGAAGACCCGCGCCGGCAAGACACCCUACACCUGCAGCGAGUGCGGGAAAGCCUUCGGUCGGAGCGCGCACCUGGCCCAGCACCGGGUGGUGCACACGGGGGCCAAGCCCCACGCGUGCACGGAGUGCGGCAAGGCCUUCGGCCGGCUCACCCACCUGAGCCCCCGGAGGGUGCACACCGGCGAGAAGCCCUAUGCCUGCGCCAAGUGCGGCAAGACCUUCCGCCGCAGCUCCCACCUCAGUCAGCACCGGCGGACGCACUCGGGCGAGCGGCCCUACGCUGACGCGUGCGGCAAGGCCUUUAGCCAGAGCACACAUCUGACCCAGCACCGGCGCGUGCACACCGGUGAGAAGCCCUACGAGUGCAGCGCCUGCGGCCGCGCCUCCAGUCACUACUCACAGGUGCACUCCAGAGAGAAGCCCUACCAGUGCCGGGCGUGCCCCAAGGCCUUCACGCAGAGCUCCUCCCUCCUCGAGCACAAGCGCGUGCACACGGGCGAGAAGCCCUACCGGUGCGGUGACUGCGGGAAGGCCUUCAGCUGCAGCUCCGUCCUCAUGGUUCACCUGCGCCUCCACGACAGCGUCCUGCAGUGACAGCGCACGUCCCGCCACGGCGCAGCGCUGGCGAGGAAUCCGAAUUCCAGACCAACCAGGACAGCUGGACUGGGGACUGGUGAGUCCCCGAAACAACAAGGUGCUUACAGGCAGAAUCCGGGGCUGCUGGGGGACAGCGCUUCAUUCAGGGACGCAGAGGGAAGCUCUUCGGGCCAGCCAACGAAGCUUCCAGAAGACCCCGGCUGCCCUCCAUUCCCCACUCAGGGCCGUCUCAGGACAGCUGAAUCCAGGGGGAGCGUUGGUUCUUGAAGCCGGGACAGUCCAUGUCGCGCUGCUCUCAGGACUCGGGGGCCCCCAGAUGCUCGGGCGGGAGGCUCAUCUUCACACGCCCACGUGGCUGCCCUUCCUGCCUGCCCCUCUCUUGUGUAAUCGGGGGCCUGCCCGCACCCACCUGUGCCUUCACACACACCGUUCCCUCCACCUGCCCGAGUCUGACUCCAAGGCCAGCCUGGGAGCUGCCUUUUCCACGAGGCCCUCUCCGACCCUCAGCCUCUCUGGCAUUUGCCCUGUCCUGAGGGCGCUCUUGUCGCUGCACAGCAUCCAUUUCUCCCUGCCCGCUCUGUGCACGGCCCACCAGUCGUCAGCCUGUUGGUUUUAGUUACAACCUCCUCUACUCCAUCUUCACCAUCAUUACCUUCUGCGGGCCCACAUCCCCUGUCCCUGGGAUUCCAGCAGGGGGUCUCCUUCCUGACGCCUUUCUGCCUUCAUUACACACACCACAUACAUUUACCACACAAACCACACACGCACACCACAUACAUACACAGUCCCCCUACACACACCAC